AUGAAUGCAGGGCUGACGGUACUGAAGGCGCUGGCGUCAAGCUGCUCCGUGGUCAUGAUCCUGAGCUCGGCUCCGUCGCUCUACCGGAUCCACAAGCGAUACGACACGGGCGACGUGGCGCUCUUCCCUCUCGUUGGCUUGUGGCUGAACUGCUGCAUGGUAAUGCUGUACGGCUGGACUCCGGGAAGCUACUUCCCCUUGUUCGCCACUUACGUCUUCGGCACGAUCAUUUCGACGGCGUAUGUUGCUGUGUACUUGCGGUGGACGAAGGCCCGGGCGUACGCCCACAAGGCCAUUGGUGCCACCCUCAUCGCUAAUAUCCUUGGAUCGGUGUACGUCGUGCUGGGGAUGACGGGCGUGACGAGGCAACCGAGCGACCAGGUCAAACUCAUCGCAGGCAACAUGAUGACAGUCGCGUGCUUGCUGCUGUACAUCGCCCCGUUCGAGACGAUCAAGACGGUGCUCAAGACGCGCUCGGGUGCCUCGAUCCCAUUCGGCAUGUGCUUGGCGGGGGCGUCCUCCAACUUGAUCUGGACGAUCGAGGGGCUGUUCACUAAAGACAUGUUCAUCCUCCUGCUCAGUGCCGCUUGCUCGGCGUUGGGCUUUGUGCAAGUGGCGCUAUACCUGGUCUUCAGGCCGAAGACGAAAGGGCCGAGCGCUUUGGCUGCGGACCUCUCGGUGUCGACGGACAAGAAGUACAUUCUACCCGUGAAGGUGGACAAUCCUACCACUGUUAGUGCGCCCCCAGCGGUGGCGCUGGUCCCUCCGAGAUGCGGCGACAAACUCGACAGCAUCUCUUCGCCGACCUUAGUGCCCGUUUGCAUAUCGUAA